AUGGUGCGUGUGUUGAUGUCUCAUAAAUGUACGCCAUGUGAUCUACGGACGUGUCCACCGAAAGCCUGCGAGAGCGGUCGGACUCUGGCCAGGGACCCGUGCGGAUGCUGCGAACAGUGUACCCGAAUGGAGUGGGAGCCGUGCGGCGGCCAGGACUGGGCACUGGGCUACUGCGCCUUGGGACUAACCUGCGCGGCUGUCAACCAAACGCGAGUUGUAACGCUCCCUGAUAUAGGAGUUUGUAAAGGUGGGUAGCCUAUGUCUAGAGUUGCAAAAUCAUCUUUAUUAAAUAGUAGGCUAGUAAUGGUUAAUUCCAUGGUAACGGAAUUAGCUGAGAUCUUUCACUUUCAAAUGUAUACCAAACACAAACCAUUGAUUUCAAAGUUUAACAAACCGUAGAACUCUGUGCACAAGGACUACUUUUAACAAUUUCCAGUGACAUUUUACAAAACCACAUUUACAAGAAGGACUGUGCAGAUACAAAGUUUGGUAACAGAAUAAAACUGAGGGAGAUUUUACCAUAACUCUGUUACCAAACUUUGCAUGGCACAGUUUUUCGAGUAAAUGUUUAUUUAUUUAUUUUUUACUGUGUAAAUUGUUCAAAGUAGUCAUUGUGCAUAGAGUUGUAUGGUUUGUUAAGCUUUUAAAUCAAUAUCUUUUGUUUGGCAUACAUUUUACAGUGAAAAAUCAGUCUCAGCAUAAUUCAGUUAUUGUGGAAUUACCCUAAGGCUACUUGGCAAUUAUUUCUUAUUGAUUGAUGGAAGAAUGGGAGUUUUUGACAUUGAGGUUCCAGCCACAAGAUUAUUCAUCAACAUCACACUCAGCUCAGGGCAGAAAAGUUUCAUCUCCAUAGUAAGUGAUUACUCUCAUUUGGCUUGAGUACACCACAGUGUGCCAGCCAGUUCAUGAUUCCAUUGACUGUGCUGUGUGGACAUUGUCUCUGAGCUCAGUGGGCUGGUUGGAGCAGGUCUACAGGUUUAAGUAGCUCUUGACUACCAACAGAGGACCUCAUGUUAGACUGUUCAUUUCCCCCCUUGAAACCCCAGCCCUCUUCUCUUGCAGGCAUGACAAUAGGUUUGGCAACAAACCUUUGCACCAUGCCUCCAUGUCAGUAUUACUAGAGUUCAGGCUUCCCUGCUAGGGCCCAAUUUGACAUCUCUAAAAAGUUAUUGAAUUAAGAUAAGACAAAAAUGACUAUUUUCAUUUGUAUGAUUUAAAAAAUGUGUUGAGUGUUACUGUGCGUGUACACUUGACUAAUUUGAUCCUGAAACAGAUUAGCUGUCCUUGUAGAAAGUGUUUUGCUGUGAUGUGGUUGCACAAUCAAUGGGCUUAUGAUGUGCCUCUGAGGGCUCCCUUGGGGUCAAGGCAAAAUUGCAAAAGUCUCACCAGCAGGUUUACAUUGGCAGAUUUAUCUGAAUGACCUUACCAUGAAUCACACUGUGGUGUCCCUGCCUUCCCUCCUAUCAGACCCAUGUCCUAUACCAGUCCUAUACUAACAGUCUAUUAAGCUGUUAUACACAUGAUAUCCCUGACUCCCAGGAACAUUAUACUCCAGAGGAUGGCUCUCUAAAUCUCUUUUAGGGCUUCAAGGGUACCCAUCCAUGACCAUUGUGUGUUUGUGUGUGUGCGCGCGCGCGCGUGCAUAUGUAGCAUUCUGAAAGGAUAGCCAAGAUUAGCUUUUCACACAGUUGGUAAAUCAGAACAGGAGUUGCCCUUUGAGAGAGCUGGGCAUGGGGACUGGUCAGGAUCACAUCAUGCACCAGCCAGUCCCUCACCUGGACUCUGUCCAGACUGAAACAAAGCGAUUGCAUGGGACUGACAUUACCAGAGGUGAGGAAAAGCAGUCCCACGUUGGGGCCGGAUUUACAUGAUCCUGCCCUCCAUCAUCACUCGGUAGGGUCUGGUGGUCCUGGGUCUCCAGCCCCAGGGUGUCCCAGGAGAUAGUGUCCCUGAUUGGGCUUUGUUUACAGGUUGUGCGGGCAGGCCUUAAUCCCUCUCCACACCCAUAGCUACCGCCUCUGUCAAACUAACAGCUUUGAAUGGGUCUAAAUGAUGAAUGCACUAAUUUUAAGUUGCUCGGGAUAAGAGCAUCUGCUAAAUGACUAAAAUGUCAAAUGUAAAAGUUAAUGGCUUCCAUGAUUGAGUCGUGCCUCUGGUCUCGUGGCUGCGGGCCCCAGUGCAUGCAGAGCGGCCCCCCAGUGGGGUUGGCUGGGUGAGGGUAAAUCAACACCUCCCUGUGUGUUUGCAGAGGCCACGAGGGCCAGGCUGAUCCGGGAUUUCCCUCCCAAGCCGGGGGUAGGGUCUUAAAGUGAUUAGGGUCGCAAUCAGGAGUAGGGGGUAAAUGUUUCCAGUCUCUGACCCCUGCUUCUCUCUCUGCUCCUCUGCUCUGAGUCUUGUUGUUCUGGGUGGUCAAUAUGGAAGGGCAGAGUGCAAAUUGUCAGUAGGCCUAUACUAUUGUAGCCUGAAUUAAUUUAUGUGUCUUGCUGACAAAUUGACCUUUUUUUGUAAAAAGAAAAGUUGGGACACCUGAAAGGGGCUGAAAUACAGGACGCAAAUACAACUGUAAACCCCAAGCUCAUGUCUGAUUCGGGGGUUCUGCGUCCACCCCGUAAUUCGCACACUAUGGGAGGGUGAUGGAGGUUGAAGAAAGUAGACCAACUCUUCAGGUGACGUCUGUAGUAGACAAACGUGUACAGUCAGUGAGAAAAUAGCUGAUACACAUGAUAUUGAACAGAAUGCUAAAUAUCCAGCAAAUGUAAGCUUAUGAGGACUUUUAUGCUACGUGCAUACUGUACAUCAAGUGCAGUCAGUUAAAGUGGUUGUGUAUUGUAAUGACAGCUGUGAUUAGGGAAAGUUGCCUGUGAAUCCAAACACGUAACUGAUUUAAUGGUCCUCUGUAGCUCAGCUGGUAGAGCACGGCGCUUGUAAUGCCAAGGUAGUGGGUUCAAUCCCCGGGACCACCCAUACACAAAAAAUGUAUGCACGCAUGACUGUAAGUCGCUUUGGAUAAAAGCGUCUGCUAAAUGGCAUAUUAUUAUUAUUAAUCCCCAAAGGGUUUUCACCACUUGAGUGAUAUUGAUGCUUGGCCUAGGGUGUUUUUGUUUUGUCUGUCUCACUGUGUUAGUGCCCCCUCUUCCCUCUCCAGAGCACUUAAAAAACCACCUCACAGAAUGUCUGUCCUCAAGCGCAAAGACUGGACACUGCGUCCUGUCCAGUCCACUACUCCUUCACAUGCUGUCCACUUCCCUCUUCCUCCAGCAUUAUCUAAUGUUUCAAAGACUUCCUUUUGAGCUCGCUAUCAGCCAAAGAGCCUCAGAGGUCAAUUUCCCAUUGCAGCUCUGGAUGCCAACAAAGCAGUCUCCAUGGCUGAGAGGACUUCUCCAGAGAUCCAGCUGUGAUCCAAGCCCUGGCCAGAGUCAGAGCAGGGCCAGCUGAGUGGGGUCAUAUCACAACCGGGGGGUCAACCUAAUCAUUAGCUACAGUAAUUAGAGGUCCACCCCCCCUAACCUCUCAUUUAGCUUUGUCUACCUCCUGUCUCCUACUCCUGGAGGCCCCGUUUAGCAACCCACAGACACACUCAGACACCCACCUUCAAUGACUGCCAUGUAAAAAUACCCUCCCAGGCACAGGAAGGCCCAGAGAUGGAACAAAUGUGGAGGUGGGGAUCAUUUUAAGGUAACAGGAAAAAAGAGGGAGAGUUUUUGCGAGGCAGGGGAGCUCCGUUUGAAAAGCCUGCCUGUCCUCUCUCUCCACCAGCCGGCCGGCCUACCCAUGAUUCCUGGUAGGAGUUUUCCAGAAGGUAACAUUUCAAGGCCAAACACAAGUUUAAUAUGGGUGGGUACCUCUUCCUCCCUCCCUCCCCCUCUACUCUCCCCAAUGUCUUGGCUGGUUUAACUCAUAGGGACCAUGACUGUCUGCCACCCAAUAUUCACCUCUCUCUCUUUCAACUCUGGAAAUAAUCACUUUUAGAGUCUCCAGAAUUAGCACAUCAGAGAGAGACGUGGGUUUGUCUAGGUGACCAUUAUAGGCUACAUACAGAGCACUUCUCAAGUACCACUUCUGAAAGGAAUAUCUGAAUGUGCUGUAAGAUAAUAGAAGUUCAUCCCUACUUUCCCUUUGUUUCGUAUUAAUAAAUUAACAACAUGUACAUUUUCUUAAGUAUUUUCUUCACAGCCAGCCAAGAUGUCCAUUCAUACACAAUCAUAUUUAAUCACCAUUCUCUCCCGGCCCCUAGCAGAGUAUGAAAGCAAGGCCUCCCUUUCUGAGAGGAAAGAAGAAUAAGUACACCUUUACUCACUGAUUACCACUCUAUAGUCUUUUUACCAGUUUAAUUAGCCCAGCUCCUGUAAUACAUUCUGAUGGGCACACUACUACUCAUACUUCUAAAUGUGUCUGUGAGAGAAGCCACAGUAAUCAAGUCUCUACAUUGUUGAUUGAGGCCUGGGAGCCAAGCCGUUGAAGGGAGAGGAGCGCUGUAUUGUGGGGUUUUCUGUUUGAGCCUGUUUACUCUGUGGCAGGCAAUGCAUCAGGCAUGAACACGGCCACCCUGUGGGGUCCCUGAGGAGCAGAGAGGGGGGCUCACCAUGGCAGCUGACGUGGUAGGUCUUCUGAUGGUGAGAGGGCUCCUGUCUCCCCUCCAUCCUCCACCCUCCCAUUGUCAUUAGAUGUGUUUGUUUGUGUUGAGCUCAGCCUGGAGGAGCUAGCUACAGUAUCUCAGAGGUAGGGGUAGGGAUGGUUGGCUGGGCAUGGGGCAAACACAUCAGCUCAACAGCAGUAGCAAGGCAAUGCAUGGCAGGAACAGAACAGGGAUGUCUGAUGCAGCCCAGGCCACACCACACUGCUCUGGAUCGCUUUGAUGAUGCUUCUCUUCUCCUCUCCCCUCCUCUUCACCCCCUCCCCUCUCCUCUCUUCUCCUCUAAUAUCUCGGCUCCUCCUCUCCACAGUUCUGCCUGACAGUCCAGAGGCUGGGUUGGAGGAUGAGCGCUGUCCCCUGCAGACAGGAUGUGACAGGGCCGGGGCCAUGUGUGUGUGUGAUGCCCGUCACUCCUGCCUGGGCUCCUUCAGCUACCCUGACAUGGAAUCCUGCAUGAGGGCCAGCAAGACAGGUGAGUUUCCCACAGCUAGCCGUCAGGAGCAUGAGAAUGCAAUCCAUUGAACAUGCUAAUGCUAAUCCAUACCAGAUGUUGUACGCUGGUGACUAACGCCAGUAACAUGUCAUGCUCAGGCUUUGUCUGAGAGUGCCCCAGCAUGGAUCUGUGUGGUGCCAUUGUCAGUGACUCCUGAUGACUGACUAUGUCCUGUACCCCUUCUCUUACUUUUAGAGGGCCGUAGACAUGAGCACCAGGAGAGUCACAGGGAGAAGUUUGUGGGCCCCUCCAACCCAGCCUGCAUGUUCUCUGGGUGCAACCUGACAGCACAGGGCUGUGUGUGUGAGUCCCAGAGCUGCCACUAUCACUCCUCCUACAUCAACCGCAGCCAGUGCCAGGAGGCCGCAGGUAACCUAGAACUAACCUAA